UAUUCAUUGCACUCUCUUCGCCCCGCAUGCUUCACACCGGUACCCCUCUGACGCAACCACUUAAUAAAAGCAGAUGGACAACGGAGACCGAGGGCUUUUUGAUCGGACACCUAGCAUCGGGCCGGUCAAACUUCAAAUAGUUAUAAGUAUAAUAUAGAUAAUUGUCGAGCAUCUUAUAUCGGGCCGAUUUAAUUAUCGUAUUUAGUUAAGGAACUAUUAAUUGUAGAAUUUAAUUAAAUAAUUUAAAUACAUUUUGGUUUUUUUUGGGAUUCGCCGCUGGCCCUCACUUAAUUGGCGCAGUCGGUAGGAUCGUCGAGUCAGUGCGCGUACGAAACUAUAUACUCCGUAGAUCGACUACGUAGAGUACGCGGACUAAUAGACUUUCAAGUUUAAUCGACGAUUCGUGAGAACCGAGGACAGCGGACCACACACGGCGCAUCCAGAAAUCGAUGACUCAAGGUGCCACCAUCGUCGAAAUGCUUAUGUAAUCAUUCCGUCCUAUCCAUACGUAGCAACUGAUUCUAAAGAAUUUGUGUACAUAGAGACAGAAUGUCCGAAGGUCAACAGGUGGCACAUAUGUGAGCAAAAACUACGUCAUCAGAUGAAGACCAAAAAGGACUGCAUCUUCGAGAUUAUUCAUACUCAAGAAAUAGACAAAUCGUGUUCCACAACGCCUAUUACUAUGCAUAAAGAAGCUCUCACGGAACUAGACAGUCAGCAUUACAUAAUCUCAUUUCCAAAACCUACAAAAGUUCAACUCGUCUGUUCCCACGAAAAAUAUGAAAUACUUCACGGCAGCUAUUUCGCAACAAUACCUAAAUCGUGUAUGUUGAAGUCCUCAGAAAUUACGGCCACCAACAUCGACGACCGAAUCAAGGGAAGCGGUGUCGAAAUCAUUAAUUUUCCUCGAAUGGAUAACAUCAUUCAACAAAAUCAACCAGGUGUCCAGCUAAAUUCAAUCGAUCUCACGAAGUUACACAAUAUGCAAAAUGGAAUGACAAUGAAAGCACCUGAGGAAACAUACGAUUCAUCAAACAUAAUAUACCACACAACGAUUCCUUUGUACUUCAUUAUGACCACACUCAUGGGCGCAGCUGCACUUUUCUUCGUAUUCCGAUAUCGGCGAAAUACAUCUUCGGAACAGAUUUCAGAAACGGAUAAUAAGAACAUGUCUGCGCAAGAACUUCGAGCCGCAACUUUUGCUAUAGACAUUAAUAGCAAAUAGUUGCUCAUCUUACGGGGGAGAUGUUACAUAUUCAUUGCACUCUCUUCGCCCCGCAUGCUUCACACCGGUACCCCUCUGACGCAACCACUUAAUAAAAGCAGAUGGACAACGGAGACCGAGGGCUUUUUGAUCGGACACCUAGCAUCGGGCCGGUCAAACUUCAAAUAGUUAUAAGUAUAAUAUAGAUAAUUGUCGAGCAUCUUAUAUCGGGCCGAUUUAAUUAUCGUAUUUAGUUAAGGAACUAUUAAUUGUAGAAUUUAAUUAAAUAAUUUAAAUACA